UUGCCCCGAUGCUCAGCGGAGGUGGCCGCGGCGCCGGCGGCCCAGGGUGUGGCGGGGAUGACCUCUGAUUCCCGGGGACCGCCGGCUGCUCGAGCCCCGCCGGGCCCGCGCUCGCGGAGGCGGAGGGUCGGGGAAGCGUGGCCCCAGUGGCGGGCCACCGGGUAGGGUGAGGAAGGGUGAGCGAGGGGAAAACACAGGAAAGGACAGUGCGGGUGGCUGUGAGGUGCCCUCACCUUCAGGCGCCGUGCGGGUCUGAUCCGAAGAUCAUGCCUGGUGGAUCCUUUUCGGAAGGAAGAAGAAGAAUAUUUAGUCCUUAAAGUGUGGAGGGCGCUUGCACCUAGGGUCCGAAAUUGAGGUGCACGGGAGAAUUUAAGCCUUCUCUCAGAAGUGUGUUGGUAGAGUUAAAGAAGAAGACAGCUAACCAAAGGUCAUCUGAAAUUGUGACUGGCUGAUAAUCCCAGGACAAAAUUAGAGAUCACUACUCAAGCAUAAGCCUCCACGAAGAUGUUUGAUUUAAAGGCUUGGGCUGAGUAUGUUGUGGAAUGGGCUGCAAAGGACCCAUAUGGCUUCCUUACAACAGUUAUUUUGGCUCUGACUCCAUUGUUUCUAGCAAGUGCUGUGCUGUCUUGGAAACUGGCCAAGAUGAUUGAGGCCAGGGAAAAGGAGCAUAAGAAGAAUCAAAAACGUCAAGAAAAUAUUGCAAAAGCUAAACGACUAAAAAAGGAUUGAAGGAAUGAACAGGCUGUGUGUCCAGAGGAAAAUUGUUCGGAAAAUUAUGCAUCUUUGAAAGGACCCAUUAAGGUUUCUUUUUGGAUCUUAUGACAGUAUUACUAAACUAAAAGUCUGAGUCUAUGGAAGAAUCAUGUCAGUUCUCACCUGUACUGUAGCAGCUUUUCGGCUUCGGUAUAGAAGUCUGUUGACAGUACUGUAAAUUGGCAUUUAUUAUGCUACAGAUUAUUUUAACUGACUUUCAUUUGCCUUUUUGCAGCUUAUAUAUGAAUACUAAAAUGAAAACAUCCUGUGAAGAAAAGUGACUUUAGAUUAUGAACUCUAUUUAAAUAAUGGCUUAAAAUGUUCUGGACAGAGGAGAUUAAGAAUGUAAAAAUCAAGAGUUGUUCUGAGCAGAAAAGCGUGGUUUGGCUUAAAAGAUACAUGGUGUAUUAAUUACAUCUCUUAUCGUUAUUAUUUCUUGGAAUAGAAUCACUUCUGGUUUCCUCAAAGCAAAAUAAUAUUAUUCAAUGAGUACUUCUCUAUUUUCUGUAUUUUUCUUACUUUAGCUUUUGAGAUACUGGUAAUUACCAGAUAGUCUGCAUUUUUAAAAAAUCUAAUUUUAUAAAGAAUUUUCUUGUUAUCUUGAUUAUGUAGAAUACCACCUACUGGAUAAAAUCAUUUUUCUACUUAUGAACACUGCCAUUUUCUUAGAGAUGACUUGAGUAGAAUAACACUAUGAUUUAAAGCUUAAGAGCAAAAAUGCGAAAAAAAAAAAAAAAGAGCAAAAAUGCGAAACCUGUAGUACCUUGGAACCAGUUUAUUCUCACUUGUGCUAAGUAGAAAUGUGAAGUAGUUAACAUGUCUUAUGAGAUAAUUUGUUUUUUAUUCUAUUCUUUGUUUUAAUUCAUGUGGUGGUGAUGUCCUUUACUUUUUGAUCAGACAGGUUCACGGUGAAAAUUAAAAUUUCAACUUUCUUUUAAGGAACUUUUAAAGAGUUACAGUUAUGUCAUGUGUCAUAAAUGGUAACAAAAGUCUUAACAUUUGGAAAUAUUUUGUUUGCAUUGUAUUAAUUGUGUGAAAAAGGUGUAAAUAUGUCAAAAUGAGAAUGUUCGAAAUAAAGAGGUAAAGGAUAUUUCCUUCA